CGUGAUGGCAGAUUGCGGGUCAUAAUUAUCAUUUAUCGUAGAUUGCCGAAUACCGAGGGUUAUCAUGUCGAUAGCAGCCAUGAACAAUCAAUCCUUUGGCCAGUCCUUUUCUCCAUACACGACCAACACGCCCUUUCCCAUCCAGGGCCAGCCGGCGCCUAAUUUCACGCAAAAUGUCUUGCAGCACCAGCAACACCAGCAGCAGCUGUCCGGCGGUUAUGCGCUGCCCUAUUCUCAGUCCAUGUCCCCGUCAGCCAUGAUGCCCAUGACAGCAUCCCCUUCACAUCGUGUCUCACCUUAUGCUACUUCGGCCGUCGCACAAGGCUCGCCUCAGCAAUCACCCAUGGCAGCCCCGCAAUCCCGACCGGUGCACUCUCCGUCUGCUGGCGGAUCCCCCACGAGUCUAUCACAAGAGAAGGAGAGGAUUGCACUGCUACUUGACAUCAACGCCGACUUGCUGCAAGAGAUGCACACGUUACAGACGCAGGGCAAGGGAGGAGCAACUUCACCUCAGGCGGCUGCUCACCUCAAGCAACAGGGUCUGCCAGAUGCCCUUGCGUCCGACGAGUAUACCCAGUAAGGCUAGCCACAUUCCACCACAGACAUCAGCCAUUCCUACUAAUGCGCAAUGACUCGCAGAGUAUAUCUCCGAUUACACUCAAAUCUAGGUUAUGUGUGUGGUCAGACCGACAACCAAUCAAAACCCGG